AUGAAUGAAUUCACAACUACCUCAUCUCCCACAACGAAGAAAGGUCUCAUCGAUCGUGUUCGUGAUAAAAUUGGGAUAGCGAAAAGUACAACAAUUAUGCCUGCAAUUAGCACCGAAACUCCAACUCGCGGGUUUUUCGGUCGAUUAUACGACAAGGUCAAAAACGCGCUACAAGGCAACGCCGGCACUCAAGAGUCGCCGGUGAAAAAAUAUGGUAUGAAGGCGGUGAAGUGGUUGGGUCCAAAGGUCUUGAAGAAAAUUCGAGAGAACUUCCAUUCUGCGUUCUAUUCGACGGACGAGGAAUUCCCGACGCAACUUCAGAAUUUUGAGGAUCACACGCUCACCGACAUCAAGGUUUUGAAGGAGAAAGUCGGACGAUUGGAGAAAUUGAUUCAAGGAUUGCAGAGUGUGAUUAUGGGAGAAUGGAAUACGACUGAAAGCGGCUCAAAGUACAAAUUGUUCGAGGAGAGACGAAAUUGGGAUGAUGCCGAGAAAAAGUGUCAGUCAUUUGGUGCGCAUCUCGCCGUUAUUGAUAAUGAAGCCAAGAAUAACUAUGUGAAAUCACUUCUCGACGACAGCCAAACGGCCGAUUAUGCCUGGAUCGGAAUGAAAACGAAGACCACAUCUCAAACGACGUCGUUCACAAACUUCGCUUCCGAAAACCCCAUCGACGGUUGCGCAGUGCUCGACAAAAAAGGCAUUUGGACGAUUCGCUCACCGGGGUACAGUAACAUUCGAGAUCCCGGAGCAGCAGCACCUUCCAACAAGCAAACUCUGAAGCAGAUAUAUUUGUCGGUUUUGGAGCGGAAACGCGAAUCGUUUAAAGCUGCAAGGAAUCGCGGAUUCAAAAGACUAUUCCAAACUUAUAAGAAUAAGGAAGAGGUCGAGACUCAUCAAUAUGAUGUGAAGAUUGGAGAUCGCAUGAUUCCGGUGUUCAAACAUACCCAAAUGCAAGACUUGAAUUAUAUUGUGGAUGCAUUUGUUAAAGAGGUCGAGCGCAUUCAACAAAUUGUCAUCAACACCUGGAACACGACAGACUCCGGCUCGAAGUAUAAGCUGUUCGAUGAGCCGAAAACGUUCGAAUCCGCCGAGCAGCAUUGCGCAUCGUUUGGAGCAUAUCUCGCGAUCAUUGAUAAUAGCGCAAAAAAUGAUUUUGUGACAAAGCUUCUCGAAGAAUCGCACAAAUCGGUGGAAGAUGCUUGGAUCGGACAGCGGAUGACUAAUGGGAAAAGCGUUGCCAGAGAUGAAGAAUGCACAGUCAUCGAUCGCUCCGGCAACUCGAAGGCGUCGAAAGCGUGCCUUCAAAAGCUGCCGUUCAUCUGUCAGGUGAUCAAAGUCGCCAGCGAAGUAAUCAUCGAAAAAUCACCCAAUUAA